GAACCGUGUGUUUCUUCCAGCCCCAGCGAACCUCCGACCAACUUUUUUUUUGGGUAAUACGUUGGCGGGAUUGGGAACGACGUAUCAUUCCUUAUCAGCAUAAAGCGAGUUCAGCAUCCCUUGGAUUAAGAAACACUUACCAUGGCAUCCAAAUCCUUGGCGGCAGCUGCGCAGAAGAUAGGUCCCGCCAUGAGGCGGCAGGCCGUGACGUUAACCGACGCGGCGGCGUCGAGGAUACGCCAGCUGUUGCAGCAACGACAAAGGCCUUUCCUCCGGCUAGGCGUCAAGGCUCGCGGAUGCAACGGCUUAUCCUACACGCUCAAUUACGCAGAUGAGAAAGGGAAAUUCGAUGAGUUAAUCGAAGAAAAGGGUGUGAAGGUACUGAUUGAACCCAAGGCUCUCAUGCACGUGAUAGGAACCAAGAUGGAUUUUGUUGACGACAAACUCAGGUACGUUUCUUGAAGUAUGAUAGGCAGACUCUGUUAUCUACUUGACAUUCGUUGUAUGAAUGUCCAAGCUGCUGCUGCUGCCUCUCUCUCAUUUCCAUCGUUGCUGCCUGCUUUCUCAUAUACUCCCUCUGGAAUAAAUAUGUAUCUGCUUU